AUGCCCUUCCUCCUGACAUCAACCUCUUUAAGCGGUUUAGUAGACGGUGAUCUUAUUCUAGACGCAGAUCACAGGGAACCUUUUAGACCUCCAUUAGCCGCCAAACUUUACCACUCCCCCGCCACGAGGAGGCUGAAGCACCCUUCCACUGUCUUAGACCUAGAGGACCACAAAAUUCAAACCUGGCGAGACGAAUUUUUGAAGGAACAUAGUCGGCCUUUUUUGGGGGUGGAUCCCGGGGUCGAUCUUCUUCUGGCAGCGAGACUUCUAGUCAAGAAUAAGGUGCAUCAGCUCCCUGUCCUUGAUCCAGUGACUGGUAAUGCCCUCUACAUUUUGACCCACAAGAGGAUUUUGAUAUUUUUGUGUCUCUAUAUCGACGAUUUACUUCUUAGACCACGAUAUAUGGAUUGGAUCUUGGAGGAGAGCUCAACAUUGAUUACCCCGGUCCAAGUAGCACUCUUUCUAUUUUAUAACCCGCGUCGUGUUUCAGCUUUACCGGUUCUUUCUAGGGACGGGAACGAACGUGUUGUUGUCGAUGUUUAUGCUAAAUUUGACGUUAUCAACUUGGCGGCUGAACGCAGUUACCGAAAAUUAGAUAUCACUGUUAAAGAAGCCCUAUCCUACCGCGCUCACGUUAUAGAGGGCGUCCAUAGCUGUCAGAGAUGGGAGAAGCUCUGA